GAACUUACUGCGACUUGAAAGGAAAAAAAACGAAAAAAUCCCUUGGGAGCUCCAGAUCGCAGAAGAGAAAGAGAUAUGAGUAACGCCGGAUUUUCAUGGAAAUUGGCGGAUCACCCAAAGCUCCCCAAGGGUAAGACCAUUGCCCUGAUCGUUCUGGAUGGCUGGGGCGAAGCCAAUCCCGAUAAGUACAACUGCAUCCAUAUCGCCGAGACCCCUACUAUGGAUUCCUUUAAACAGGGCACACCCGACAGAUGGAGGUUGGUUAGGGCGCAUGGUAAGGCUGUGGGGCUUCCAACUGAAGAUGAUAUGGGCAACAGUGAAGUUGGUCAUAACGCACUUGGUGCUGGACGGAUUUACGCCCAAGGUGCAAAGCUUGUGGACCUUGCUCUUGCUUCAGGAAAAAUCUAUGACGGAGAAGGUUUUAAGUACAUAAAGGAAUGCUUUGAUGCUGGCACAUUGCACCUCAUUGGGUUAUUGAGUGAUGGGGGUGUUCACUCUCGCCUUGAUCAGUUACAGUUGCUGCUAAAAGGAGCUAGUGAGCGUGGUGCAAAGAGAAUACGUGUUCAUAUUCUCACCGAUGGCCGUGAUGUUUUGGACGGUUCAAGCAUUGGGUUUGUAGAGACUCUUGAGAAUGACCUCUCAAAUUUACGGGAGAAAGGCAUUGAUGCACAGAUUGCCUCUGGUGGUGGUCGCAUGUAUGUUACAAUGGAUCGUUAUGAGAAUGACUGGGGUGUUGUGAAACGAGGAUGGGAUGCCCAAGUUCUUGGUGAAGCCCCACACAAGUUUAGGAGUGCGGUGGAUGCUGUGAAAAAACUGAGGGAGGAUCCCAAGGCUAAUGAUCAGUACUUGCCUCCAUUUGUUAUAGUUGAUGAGAGUGGGAAAGCUGUGGGCCCGAUAAUGGAUGGUGAUGCUGUUGUUACAACCAACUUCCGUGCAGAUCGUAUGGUUAUGCUUGCUAAGGCACUUCAGUAUGAAGACUUCAAUACAUUUGACCGUGUUCGAUACCCAAAAAUCCACUAUGCUGGAAUGCUCCAAUACGAUGGGGAGUUGAAGCUUCCGAACUACUACCUUGUUUCACCUCCAGAAAUAGAGAGAACAUCUGGUGAAUAUUUAGUGAACAAUGGUGUCCGUACUUUUGCCUGCAGUGAGACUGUAAAGUUUGGUCAUGUUACCUUUUUUUGGAAUGGGAAUCGGUCGGGGUAUUUUAACCCUGAAAUGGAGGAGUAUGUGGAAAUUCCAAGUGAUUCUGGAAUUACUUUCAAUGUACAACCAAAGAUGAAGGCUCUGCAGAUUGCUGAGAAGGCAAGGGAUGCGAUCCUUAGUGGCAAGUUUGACCAGGUACGUGUCAACCUGCCUAACAGUGACAUGGUGGGGCACACAGGAGACAUUGAAGCAACUGUUGUUGCUUGUAAGGCUGCUGACGAAGCUGUCAAGAUGAUGAUUGAUGCCAUAGAACAAGUGGGUGGAAUUUAUGUCGUUACAGCUGACCACGGGAAUGCCGAGGACAUGGUGAAGAGGAACAAGAAAGGGGAGCCUCUCUUGAAGGAUGGCAACAUUCAAAUACUCACCUCACACACUCUUCAACCAGUACCAGUUGCAAUUGGAGGCCCUGGUCUAGCACCAGGUGUUAGAUUCCGUAAGGACGUUCCAGACGGAGGGCUUGCUAAUGUUGCAGCAACUGUUAUGAAUCUCCAUGGAUUUGAGGCUCCGAGCGACUAUGAGCCAACUCUGAUUGAGGUUGUUGACAACUAACCCUAUAUCCUCUUGAUAUUAUUUCUCAAGACUCUGAAUCAUGCGGUGGCAAAGCAUGUGGAGUAGAGUAGCUACCAUGAAGGUUAAAUAAUAAUCCACUUUUAAGAAUCAGCUUCAGUUAAAAA